AUGCCUGAGAAAAAGGAAUUCAGAAAAAUCCCAGUGCAGGCGGUGCCGGAGAAACGUGGUUAUGAGUUUGGUGGACCUCUCGGUGCCUUUGGUAUUAUAUUUGGACUGCCAAUCCUUCUCUACCUCUUUACUUUCGUCUGCAAUGACGUCUCUGGUUGUCCCGCGCCCUCACUCCUGCACCCCUCGACCUUGACACUCGAGCAAUUGAAACGCGAAGUGGGCUGGCCAGAGGAGGGCAUUGCCGCGCUCUACGAUACCAAUGUUACACUAUGGACCUUCAGCUACUAUGCCUUCAGCUUGUUCCUGCAAGUCUUCUUGCCUGGUCAGGAGCUUGAGGGUGUCACAUUGGCUUGCGGGGGACGGCUGAAGUACAAAUUCAAUGCGUUCAAUUCUGCCGUCAUCAUCCUCUCGGGCCUCGCCGGAGGCACCUACAUUUAUGGAGCCGAUUUCGUGGUGUGGACAUUCCUGUGGGACAACUAUAUUCAGGUCAUCACCGCGAACCUGUUGAUCUCUUCCUCCAUUGCGCUGUUUGUCUAUGCGAAGAGCUUCACAGUUCCUUCUCCUGGACAGGCGAACCCCGACUUGCGACAGCUGGCUCCUGGCGGCCACACCGGCAAUCCCCUCUACGACUUCUUCAUCGGCCGUGAACUGAACCCUCGUAUUCGCCUUCCCAUUCCACUCGUCAGUGAGACCUCCCGAACCAUCGAUAUCAAGGUGUUCAUGGAGAUGAGACCGGGCUUGCUUGGAUGGACGAUUUUGAACCUGUCCAAUGUUGCCCACCAAUACCGAACCUACGGCUACGUCACCGAUUCAAUCGUGCUGGUGACCAUCUUCCAGGCAUUCUACAUAUUGGAUGCGCUAUAUAUGGAGCCGGCAAUCAUGACCACCAUGGAUGUCAUCAUGGAUGGAUUUGGGUUCAUGCUGUCUUUUGGUGAUGUUGUCUGGGUGCCCCAUCUAUACAGCAUCCAGAGCCGGUAUCUCUCUGUCUUCCCCUAUCAGCUUGGCUGGACCGGGAUGGCCGUUGUUCUGGGGGUCACCGCUGCUGGAUACUCGAUCUUCCGUGGCGCCAAUAACCAGAAGAACCGGUUCCGUACGAACCCCAAUGACCCGCGCGUAAAGAACAUCAAGUACAUCGAGACUGCCGCAGGCUCCAAACUGAUGAUCUCCGGAUGGUGGGGUCUGGCGCGCCACAUCAACUACUUGGGUGACUGGACCAUGUCGUGGGCGUACUGUCUGCCGACUGGCGUCGCUGGUUAUGUUCUCAUCGAGCAUAUCAACCCUGCCACUGGCGCUGCGCAGACACAAGCUGUGCAGACUCCUGAGGUCCGUGGUUGGGGUAUGAUCUUCACGUACUUCUACAUGAUUUACUUUGGCGUUCUGCUCAUCCACCGUGAAAUGCGUGACGAGGAGAAGUGCGAGAAGAAGUAUGGUGCUGAUUGGAAGCGUUAUACCUCGAUUGUCCGCAGCCGUAUCAUUCCAGGAAUCUACUGA